UAAUCACAUUAACGACGUUAUUAAAAAAAAAAACCUUAAUGAAAAACGUUAGGGUUUUCUCCUUCCUUUUGACGCUCCGGCUACGGUUCUCUUCUACCUCCUUUUAGUCAGCGUUUUCAACUUGCCGCAGGCUCCAUUCUAGCGGCUUUCUCCAACAUCGUAUUUCCAGCCAAGCUGUGAGCCUCCGCAGUGGGUAGAUGUCUUAUAGGGGACGUGGGCGUGGACGUGGAAGGGGGUUUGGUGGAGGUGGCUUCUCUGGGUUUAAUAAGCCUGAGCCAUUUGUGCUUUUCCCUGAUGUUGAAUUACCUGAUAUAAAAGGUGUGCCUGAAGAGAAGACCUUGGUCAUCUGGAAUUCAAGGUUGCACAACUAUUGGAAAGCUUCUCCUUACUAUCUUGAAGAAAAUGUUUCAAAGAAAAACCAGAGCAUGGACAUUGAAAGAUUUUCUGACUGGGGGAAGCCAAAGAACACCUCAAAACGUGAUAGUCUUAACCAGAUUCUACAACUCCAAUCUCAUAAUUUUCCAAAAGAAUUGAUUGGAGAUUUAAGGAGAGUGCAGCGGAGUGCCAAAAAGAUGCGAUGGAAUCUAGACUCAGGCCUGCAGAAAUUGGAUAUGUUUGAGAAAUUUGAACAGAGUUUUGAGGAUAAAGACAAAGAAGGAAAGGAAAAGAAAGGUGAUGGAGAAGAAGAAAAUACAGAUGAAGAACCAGGAGAACUGUCUGACGAAUCAUACAGUGAUGAUGGAGAUUAUAAUGAGAAUGAACAUUUUGAUGAUGAUGAAGAUGACUAUAACCUAGAAGAUGACCGGGAUGAUGAACCUAUAUAUUAAUUACUCUUCAAUUGGAAUGUUGGACUUUUUAAAGUUCACUUAGACAUGGUGUGCCUGCUGGCAUGAGAUGAAAAGAACAAAAUCACCGGAAGUGCUCUUGCCCUCUAACUUUCCCAUUUUCAGUCUCAUUCUUUUAGAAUUUAUCAAAUAUUGUCAGUUUGAAUCCUGAUUCAAACAUGUUAAAAAGGUAUACUUCGAUUCUUUAUUUUUUGGUUCAAGAACUUUCAAUUCUUUGUCACUGUUAAUAGAAAGAGAAGAUCCAACAUUUCCAAUUUGCGUGUUGUUCUUCUAACAGUAGAUGACCCCUUCAGUCGCUUGAAAUCCAAACAGCCUUUGGUUGUUUUGAAAGGGUCAGAUAAUAGUCUCAUCAAUAAUAUAAUUAUUUAUUAAAAAAAAAACAAAUUAUGUUUCCAUUUAGAAGAAGAUUGUCACCCAUACAUAUAUUAAUAAUAACUGACUAGGCCAUGGCGUGACGAACAAUUUUAGUUUUAUUAGUCGAUAUUAGUUUUUUUAAAUGAAACGUGUUUAAUUUAACAAAGUUGAAAAGGAAAAAAAAAUUUUUUUUUGCUACUCAUGUGCUUGUUAUUAUACAUGCUUUUUAGUCGUUGAUUGGCCUUUUUAAAUAUUAAUUUUAAACGCAUUCAUGCGCAUCACCAUUUAUCUGAAAU